AUCGUCUCCUCUGCAAGCUCAAGCUGCAGCAGGAAAUCUCUCUCUCUCUCUCUCUCAGAGGCAUACACCCGUUCACCAUUAGCUCAUGAAUUCCCAAGCACAUCCCAAUCGAGCUACCUCAAGAUCCAAAACUUUCCUGUUCUACUACGUACCCGCAAUCCUAAUCCUCUCACUAGCCAUCUCCAUCGCUCUCACCGGCUCGAACUUCUCCAAAACCCAGCACCUGAAAACGCUCCUCUCACUAAACCCCCGAUCAAUCGUCCGUAAAGUUUCCAACUUUCUUUUCCGGACCCGAAUACUCGACCAAGAACCGAUCCCGGACUCCGACCCAGCACCUCCGUACUGUGUCCUAUGGAUGGCUCCUUUCCUCUCCGGUGGUGGGUACAGCUCAGAGGCCUGGUCCUACAUCUUGUCCCUCCAAGAGCACAUGAAGAGCCCGAAAUUCAGAUUGACCAUCGAGCAACAUGGUGAUCUUCAGUCCCAUGAGUUCUGGGAGGGCUUGCCAGAGAAGAUGCGGAGGCUGGCCAUCGAGCUUCACCGGACAGAAUGUGCAGCGAGCAACACCAUUGUGGUAUGUCACAGUGAGCCCGGUGCUUGGUACCCACCAUUAUUUCAGACCUUGCCUUGUCCGCCAUCUGGAUAUGGUGAGUAUUUGUCUGUGAUUGGGAGGACCAUGUUUGAGUCUGAUAGAGUCAACCCUGAGCAUGCCAAGAGAUGUAACAGGAUGGAUCGUGUGUGGGUUCCUACUGAUUUCCAUGUGGGUACCUUUGUUGAUAGUGGGGUUGAUCCAUCCAAGGUAGUUAAGGUUGUGCAGCCCAUAGAUGUGGAGUUUUUCAAUCAGGCCAAGUAUGAGCCGCUUGAUCUAGGUACUGUUGGAAAUUUGGUCUUAGGUGAAGAACGAAAGGAUAUUCUCGGUUUGAAAAAAAAGGAGUUUGUGUUCCUGAGUAUCUUUAAGUGGGAGUAUAGGAAAGGCUGGGAUGUGUUGUUGAAGGCAUAUUUGAACGAGUUCUCUGGGAGUGAUGGGGUUUCUCUGUACUUACUGACAAACCCAUAUCACACGGACAGAAACUUUGGCAACAAGAUAGUUGAAUAUGUGAAAAACUCUAAAAUAGAAGAACCAAAUAAGGGUUGGCCUCCAACCUAUGUGAUCGAUGCCCACAUUGCUCAAGUGGAUUUGCCAAGAAUGUACAAAGCGGCCGAUGCGUUUGUGCUUCCGUCAAGAGGGGAAGGAUGGGGGAGGCCUCUUGUAGAAGCCAUGGCAAUGUCUUUGCCCGUGAUCGCAACCAACUGGUCAGGGCCCACUGAGUACUUGACGGACGACAAUAGCUACCCUUUGCCUGUUGAGCGAAUGAGCGAAGUGCUGGAAGGGCCAUUCAAGGGGCAUCUAUGGGCUGAACCUUCGGUCGAUAAGCUAAGGAUGCUAAUGAGGCACAUGGAGAGUAAUCCUGCAGAUGCUAAGGCAAAAGGAAGACAAGCCAGAGAAGACAUGAGGGGUAGGUUUGCUCCAGAAAUCGUGGCGGAGAUUGUUGCUGAUCAUUUGGAGCAUAUACUGGAGAAAGCAACUUGAGUGCGCUAACAUUUCACACCUGCGGAGGUAUUGUUUGUAUUCUCGGAUAUUUGAGUUGCAAAACUGGCAACGAUUGUGAGUCUGCUUAUUCAGUUGAAUGACUUGAGGCCGCAAUUUACAGGAAGCAAAUUCUUCCCUUCUGUUAACCUUAUGGAUUAAGCUGUUGCAUGAAGAAAUUUUGCAUCAUAACAUAAUCAGACAACGGACGUGUUGAGAUUGUGUAUAAUCGGUGAAGGCUAAUCUGUGUUUAUAAUAUUGGUCUGGACCAUAUAUCCUCUUAUUUAGUCAUGUAAUCUUGCCAAUGAAAGGCCAGAAAAGAGAGGUCAAAAGUUUGCAUCCGGUGAAGUUUUCCUUUCCACCGAGUUUAGGAAGGCUAGCCUUUACGAGUUUCAGAGGCUCGGUCUCCGGAAACUUGUGAACAUUUAAUUUAGAUUCUGGCAUCCCUUUGUCCGUACCAAGGAAUUCCUUGGUUCUCCUUUAAAACAUAUCGCUUCUCCUUUAAAACAUAUUGCCUGUCCAAUUUCAGGAUUAAGAUGUGCAGGCGGCCUUGCGUGGGUCUACUGCCAGUACAAUGUUAUUUGCUCUGGUCCCGACUCACUGAAGCCAGCACGGCUUUAAAAUAUGCCAUGCUAGUUUGUGAUCGUGACUACCAACGGUAACAUAUUGGGUGCGAAAAUGAACAGAUGUUUCAUCAUCUGUUCAAUGUUCUGAAUUCGUCCAUGUCAAUAAUUGAAUGCUCACGUGUUAGGACACGGAUGCCAAAACACGACAUGUUCUCUAACCCUCGCUACAGCUGAUAGCGGAGAGUUUAAAUUAGGAAAAACAUUAACUAUUCCAUUCGUUCUAGGUUUGCUUAUUCUCAUUUAUUAGGCUGUAACUUGUCGUUUUUGAGUGAGGCUGAGGUACACUUAGUGUACUGUAUAUCAGGGUAUCUUGACCGUUGGAUUAGCACUGAAUAAAAGAAAAGGAAGGUAAUGAAUUAUCCAAGGCUUUACACACUUGGUACACGGUACACCAGAUGUACCAUAGCUCGACCUGCCCUUUUCCCAAGUUCUUGUCAUCUUGUGUCAUGCCCUCUUAUGAUGCAAGUGAAAGUGCAGAAAGAUACAAAGAACACUUAUGAACUCACCAUAAGCUACUCUUACAUGAUUUAUGAGUGAAAGUGAGAGGCCAUUCAUUUAAUUCUCCACCCAUUAAUGAUCCAAACACAUGCAUAAAUGGACCCAGGACGGUCAUUGCCUCAAUCAAUACAUAAAUUCCAAGUUCCUGCCAAAAUGUCUGGAUUUCCUCCAAACUUAGAAGAUGGAGAGCUCUGGCUACCAUCUGAUGUUUUUCAUGAGAUUCAAUCAACAAAUACUCAUCGUGAGAACAGGUCAAAUUAUGCCUUGAAUAUUGCUCAUAGUCAUCCUGUUCAAGCUGUUGUUGGUCCAAGGACAAGUGCUGCCAGUUCUUUCCCCAACAUUGCUAUCAAUUUCAAGGUUGUUUCUCUUUGCUUUCUGGAAAUUUCCUAAUACGUGAAUCGUAUUUGGCUAUUUCAAUUUAAAUUAUGACACUACCAGUGGGGUUCACUGUCGUUCUAAAUAAUUUCACCGUGAUAAUCAUGCUUAAGCUUGCUUUGAACAAUGUAGGAAAGCAGAUUGAGGAACUUAAGAGGGCGGGCAUGCUUUCCUGGAUCGCAUGUGGACAGAGGACUAAUGAACAUUCCCACCUGGAAAUAUCGAGGCACCGGUGUCUUUAUCCCUAAACCAACCAAGCCUUGGAAGGAAUCGGAUGUUAAAAUGAACAAAGGUGGGAGAAAUAGGCCAAGCUAUCAAGGCAAUGGAAUGACCAAGAAGGAAAAUUUGCGAAAGCAAGUGCCAGAAUCUCCUCUGAUUUCAACCCAUUUCAUACAUUUGCCUGAUGAUUGGACAUAUGAAAUCUACUGAUGAAGGACUCCAAUGGAAGGAUAUAAUAAAAGCAGAUCCGUCUGUUUUUUUUUCUGAAUUUCUGGAUUUAACAUGUCAAGAACUUCACCUGAUAAUGCAUAAUGGUAAUUACUUCAA